AUGAAAUUAUCAUCAGUCUUAGCUUCAGGAUUAUUCUUAUCAUGUAUCGCUGCUUCACCAAUUUCUGUCCCUGCAGCUACUGAAAGCUCAACUGCUAAUGAACCAAAAUUCCAAUCAGAUAACUCAACUGAUAUAUCCAUGGAAGGAUUUGAUUCUUGUUUUUGUUUUAAGAGAGCUCAAAAACAAUCGUGUCACGGUGGCAGCUUCAAUAAAUGUGUUAAAUAUUAUUCAUCCCAGCCAUCUAUUGGUGUUGAAAGAGCUCCUAGCUUUUGUGGUUUCUGGUGUACAAAAAUGGAAAAGACUAAGGAUUGUGGUUUUAACAAGCUGAAAUUUAAUUACCAUCCAGAUUGGUCUUGUGAUGAUGCAGAAUUCCAUUGUUAA